AUGGCGAAAGUACCAAGAAACUUCAGAUUGCUAGAGGAGUUAGAGAAGGGCGAAAAGGGUCUUGGAGCUGACGCUUGCUCUUAUGGUUUGACGGACGGCGACGACUUAUACAUGUCCAAAUGGAAUGGCACGAUUCUCGGUCCUCCACACAGCGUCCACGAGAAUCGCAUCUACUCUCUUACCAUGCAUUGCGGAGAGAACUAUCCCGAUGUUCCACCAACCAUCAAGUUCACUAACAAAAUCAACCUUCCCGGUGUGCAAGAUGAUGGCAAGGUCGACCCUUCAAAGUUUGCAUGCCUUGCGAACUGGCAACGCCACAACACAAUGGAGACUGUCUUGACCGAGUUGAGAAAAUACAUGGCAUCUCCUACCAACAAAAAGCUCCCCCAACCACAAGAGGGUUCUACAUACGACUAAGUGCCUUACGCAUUCACUAGACGAAUCAUGAUACGAGGAAUUCCAAGAUCACAGCACGUAUUAGGCUGUGUAGAGAUGGGUGAUGCAUAUGACUUUUCUUUAUGUUGAUACGGAUGCAUCAGCGCGGC